AUGGGUGAAGCAAGUGGUGACAUACUACUGUUUCCAUAUCCAUUACAAGGCCACAUUAACCCAAUGAUCCAAUUCUCAAAACGUUUAUCCAAAAAGGGAUUCACCGUUAAACUCAUCAUUGCCUCCAACAACCACCGUGAGCCUUACACUUCCGACGACUACUCAAUCACCGUCCACACCAUCCACGACGGUUUCUUCCCACAUGAACAUCCUAACGCAAAAUUCCAGGAUCCUAACCGUUUCAUCGAAUCUACUACUCGUAGCCUCGCCGAUUUCAUCUCUAGGGAGAAGUUGUCGGAUAAUCCUCCAAAAGCUCUGAUCUAUGAUCCAUUCGUGUCAUUUGCAUUGGACGUAGGCAAGGCUUUGGGUCUAUACGUGGUGGCUUAUUUUACUCAACCAUGGUUGGCUAGUCUUAUUUACUACCACAUCAAAGAAGGUACCUACGAUGUUCCUAUUGAUAAACACGAGAACCCGAUACUUGCUUCGUUUCCGGGUUUCCCAUUGUUAAGUCAAAAUGAUCUACCGUCCUUCGCCUGCGAAAAAGGGUCGUAUCCUCUUCUCCACGACGGUGUGGUUAGCCAAUUCUCUAAUUUGCGGCAAGCUGAUUGCAUUCUCUGUAACACUUUUGAUCAACUUGAACCUAAGGUAGUAAAAUGGAUGGAUGAUCAGUGGCCGGUGAAGAACAUUGGACCUGUGGUUCCGUCCAAGUUUUUGGAUAACCGGCUGCCGGAAGACAAAGAUUACGAGCUCGGGGACUCCAACACAGAGCCGGACGAGUCCAUUUUGAGUUGGUUGGAGAAGAAACCGGCGAAGUCAGUGGUCUACGUUGCGUUUGGGACAUUGGUGGCUUUGAGUGAUAAACAGAUGAAGGAAACCGCUAUGGCGAUUAAGCAGACCGGAUACAAUUUCUUGUGGUCUGUUCGUGAUACAGAGAGAAGCAAAUUACCGUCUGGUUUUGUGGAAGAGGCGUUGGAGAAAGACUGUGGACUUGUGGCUAAAUGGGUUCCUCAGCUAGAGGUUUUAGCACAUGACUCAGUCGGGUGUUUCGUGACACAUUGUGGAUGGAACUCGACAUUGGAAGCACUGUGCUUAGGUGUUCCGUUGGUUGGGAUGCCUCAGUGGACGGAUCAGCCCACAAAUGCUAAGUUUAUAGAGGAUGUGUGGAAGAUUGGUCUUAGAGUGAAGACCGAUGGUAAUGGAGAUGGGUUUGUGAGUAAGGAAGAGAUCGCGAGAUGCGUUGUUGAGGUUAUGGAAGGAGAGAAAGGUAAAGAGAUGAGGAAGAAUGUUGAGAAGUUUAAGGUGUUGGCUCGUGAGGCUAUCUCUGAAGGAGGUAGUUCAGACAAGAGCAUUGAUGAGUUUGUUGCUAUUUUGAGUUAA